AUGACAAAAAUCGCUGACUUGACGAACGCUUACGUUGAAAUUUUCAACAAGCACGCUGACAAGGACAGAACAUUGUCAAAAGAGGGGCUCAGAAAAAUAAUCAAAGAAGCAAGUGAGCCUUUCGAUUCGGAAGGACUUUUAAGCGCGCUUAUGGAUGAGCUCGAAGAAGGUCUCGAAGGAAAAAUCUCCUUUGAAGAGUUCAUCGAGUGCAUGGGCGCCAUCAUCAUGGUCUUCGCACUUAUUAGAGAAAGACCUGGGGAUUUGACUGAUAUUCCUCGUUUUCCUCCUGGACGCGAUGCCGAGAUCACCCACUAUUCCCAAGAAGAGACCAAAGAGAAGAUGAAAGAAGAAGCAAUGCGAAAAGUCAGAAAAUACAUUGCCCGCAUCUUUGGAAGAAGAAAAUGA